UUGGAUAUGAUAAAAUUUGCAACAGAAGAGUUCUUUGUACUUGUUACUAAGUUUAAUGAGUAAACUUAGUAACAGGACAGCCAAUGAAAUGACAGACUAAGCAGUGGAAUUUGUGUUCAGGAAGUUAGAUGACACUUUAUGAGGGUGCCAAAACGUGGGUGUAAUUUUCAGCCACUGAAUAUUUCAAGUGUAUUUGCCGUGUCACCAAGUCAAAAGAGCAGAUGAGAACCAUCAUGGGAAGAAAGACCAUUUUACUUCUGAUUAUGGGGGUUCUUGGGGCAUAUUAUGUUUAUAUACCUGUCCCAGAUAACAUUGAGGAGCCAUGGAAACUAAUGUUGGUUAACACAUAUAUGAAAACUUUAACAGAUUUGGUAAUUAGAGAGGUUCUGUUUAUUGAACUAUUGGGAAUCAACCAUGCCAUGAACAUUGUAAUGUUCUUUAUGAGCUUUCAAGAAGUCCCACCCACAUCUGAUGAAAAUGUCACUGUGAUGGAGACAACUUUCAACAAUGUUCCUGUCCGCAUAUAUGUACCAAAAUGAAAGCCAGAGAGACUAGGCUUAUUUUAUAUUCAUGGUGGUGGUUGGUGUUUGGGAGUGCUGGUAUCUUUGUUUAGUUAUGCCUUUCUGUCAAAACAGACAGUGGAUAGAUUUGAUGUUGUUGUCAUUUCAGUCAACUACAGACUAGCCCCUAAAUAUCACUUUCCAAAUCAAUUUGAAGAUGUAUAUAAUGCAUUAAAGUGGUUCUUACACCAAGAUGUUCUUGAUAAAUAUGUGGAUCCUGAAAGAAUUGGAAUUUCUGGAGACAGUGCUGGAGGGAAUUUAGCUGCAGCAGUGACUCAACAGCUCAUAGAUGACUCGGAUGUCAAGAUCAAACUCAAGACCCAGUCUUUAAUUUAUCCUGCUCUUCAGACUCUUGAUAUGGAUUUACCAUCAUAUUGGGAAAAUUCACACUUUCCACCUCUGCCCAAAUCACUGAUGGUCAGGUUCUGGAGUGAAUACUUUACCACGGACAAAUCACUUGCAAAAGCUAUGCUCUUCAAGCAACAUGUACCAGUGGAAUCAAGCCAUCUGUUCAAAUUUAUUAAUUUGAGUUCUUUGCUCCCUGAAAAGUUUAAGAAAGGGCACUUUUAUAACAGUCCAACUUAUGGUAGUUCUGAAUUGGCUAAAAAAUAUCCAGGAUUUCUUGAUGUGAGGGUAUCCCCCUUGUUAGCUGAUGACAACAAAUUGCAAAGUUUACCCUUGACCUAUGUCAUCACCCGUCAAUAUGAUGUCUUAAGAGAUGAUGGAAUCAUGUAUGUCACCUGACUUCAGAAUGCUGGAGUUCAGGUGACCCAUAACCAUAUUGAGGAUUGAUUCCAUGGAACACUUUCCAAUUAUGCACUUAAAAUUACACAUAGAGUAGAAAAUCAGUAUAUGAUUUGGCUAAGUGAAAAUCCAUAGUAAAAAUCUGAGGAGGGGUCCAUAAAAUAUAUAUAAGCCCAGAAUAGGAAACUACUUAGAAUCAAAGGUUAUGUUUGGAUUGAUGUUUAUCAUCUGUGGCCUUUCUAAAGUCUUCAUAGCCAUCAUGUUGUUUGUUUUUUAACUCAGGGAGUUCUCUAUUUCUUGUCCUAAGUGUUGUUUAUUCACUUCUGUACCUUAGAAAAUAUUUACUUUCCUGUAUAUUCUUUUCUUGCUGCUGUUACUCAUUUCUUUAGCUCUAAUUCAUAGCUCUAGUUUUUUUUUUUGUUUUUUUUUUUUAAUAUUUAUUUUAUUUUUGAGAGACAGAGCAUGAGCAAGGGAGAAGCAGAGAGAGAGAGGGAGACAGC